AUGAUUUUUUAAAUUAAGAUAUAAUAAUGUUCAAUAGUUAAGUUCAAAAAGUUUUAUAUUAAAAUAUAGUUCAGUUAUUUUGUUAUUGUCGUGUAUAACAAUGAGUGACAUAACUUCAGAAACUUUAGAUACUUCGAUAUCGUUUAAUAAAUUACCUGAAAAACAUGCAAGUAAAAAAGAGCUUUAUAGGAAUAUAAAAAUGAGCAUGCAAGAAAUACAACGGGUUGCAAACGAUAUUGAUCAAAAUAUGAAAAAAAUUCGAGUAAAUGUAGAUAUCACAGCUACUCUAUUAAAUGCAAUUAACAACUCGGAGUCUGAAGAAAAUUAAUAUUUAUUCUUCGAUAAAAGAAAAAAAAAAAAAAAAAUAAUAUAACUUUCAUUAAAUUUUCUAUGAAAUUUAUAAAUACAUUCUCAUUUUAAUUUACUUUUUUAAAAUAGAAUCGUUUUUAUUAUUAAAUAAAUAGAUAAAUAAUGUAGAAAACUUUUUGUAAAGAUAGAUCGAUUAAUUAUAACACUGUUUUAGCGAUAGAAAUAUUACUAAAACAAGAUUCAUUAUUUUCUGCUUAAAUAAAAUACGUGUGUUAAAUGAUUUAAAAUAAUUUUUGUUUAUAUAUACUACUAUAUACUUAUAUUGUGAAUAAUCUGUAAUUAUAAAAUUAAUCGUUUAUAAUAUUAAUUGAAUAAUUUUCGUGAUCGACCUAUCGAUCAGUUAAGAAUGGACAUGAAAUCCGCGAGAUGUCGAUUUUAUUCAUCACGUUGCGUAUUUGUGUCAUGUUGAAAAUUCCGACCAAUUUUUGGCACAGAAGUUAAAUCUAAUAUGUUAUUUGUUUUUAUAUAAUAUAAUUGUAUUUAAAUGAAAAUAUAUAUUUAAAUUAAUUCCUAAUUUAAAUAUAAAUAUAAAAUAUGGAAAAUAUUGAAAAUAUUAAUAGAUUAGAUGAAGAAGUCAUGGAUUAUGUGGAAAACAUAAUUGAUAAUAACAAGGUUUCACAUAAAGAAACAAAUUUAAGUAAACGACAAUUAAAGAGAGCAAAAAAAACGGAAAAAUGGUUGGAGAAAAAAAUUGAAAAAAGACGACUAGAACGAGCUAAAGCUAGAGAAAAACGUGCUUUUGCUCGUGCAAAUAAUAUAGAUCUUGGACCAUCUAGAAAAGCUUUAAAAAGAAGUACUAUGGCAGAAAGUAGUUGUAAGCUUACCGUUACAAUUGAUUUAUCGUUUGAUGAUUUAAUGAUAGAUAAAGAUAUUGCAAAAUUGAUUAAACAGAUAUUAAGAUGUUACACAUUAAACAGAAGAGCUAUUGCACCUUUACAAUUUUCCUUAACAAGUUUUAAUGGCAAAUCUAAAAAGGAAAUGGAGAAGCAUAACGGAUAUGAACAUUGGGAUGUAAAAUUUGAAUGCGAUUCAUAUACGAGUAUUUAUCCAAAGGAUAAAAUUGUAUAUCUUACUAGUGAAUCAGAAAAUGUGAUAGAUAGACUCGAUCACAGUUGUAUAUAUGUUAUAGGUGGCUUGGUCGAUCACAAUUGUCAUAAGGGUCUAUGUCAUGAGUUGGCAAUAGAGAGUGGGAUUAAACAUGGUCGCUUACCAUUAGAUAAAUUUCUCCUAAUGAAAGCUAGAAAAGUUUUAACAGUUGAUCAUGUAUUUGAAAUACUACUUAGAGUAACGGAAGAUAAAACAUGGCAAGAAGCAUUCCUUCAAGUAUUGCCAGAACGUAAACAAGCCCAACCAAUUGUAUCUCCUACAAAGAAAACUGAAGAAUAUAAUCAAACGGAUAAUAUUAAAAUAGAACAAAAUUGUGAUAAAGAUAUGUGUAAUAUAGAAAAUGUAUUCAAACAAGAAUAAAAAGUUAUAAAAA